AUGGCCCGGCCGCUGCUGGCAGGGCUGCUCCUGCUGCUGCAGCCCGCAGGAACCCGGGAGGCUCAGUGUCCCGUCCCCCACAUUGCACACGGGCAGCUGAGCUCUGCAGAGAACUUCACGCACGGCAGCACAGCCAGGCUGGAGUGUGAGCCUGGCUUUGUGCCCUCGGGCACCGGCACCACGGUGAGGUGCACCUCCCACGGCAGGUGGUACCCACGGGUGCCCUCCUGUGUGCCAGGGCAGUGUCCCCACCCUCCCCCUGUGGAGUUCGCCGACCCCCAGCCCCGUCGCGAGUUCCUGGUCGGGACCACCCUGAGCUACUCCUGCAGACCCGGCUUCUCCUCCAUCCCCGGCGUGUCCCCAACAAUCACCUGCCUGCAGAACUUCUCCUGGUCCUCGGCGCCCAGGCUGUGCCAGAAGGUGCAGUGUCCCAGCCCGGCCAUCCCCCGCGGCAGGGCGGCCAGCCCCGGCGGAGCCCCGCACAGCUUCGGGCAGCAGCUGGAGUUCCAGUGCGAGCCGGGCUACGUGCUGCGGGGCAGCGACAGGGCGCAGUGCUCGGCUGACGGCACCUGGAGACCCCCCCGUGCCCUACUGCGACAGGGUCUGUGACCCCCCUCCCAAAAUCGCCCACGGGCAGCACUCUGCCUUUGGGAUCAAGCACUUCCCCUACGGCUCUGAA